UUUGACAUGCUCAGGAUAGUUGUCGAUCACGUGAUCAAAAUAAAAUAGAACUUAUUCUGAAAUUCCGAGUGUCGAAUUCAAAAGUUGACAGCUAAAUGUCUUGUUAUAUUGGAAGUUAGCAGCUGAUGCAGAAUGGCUGAAGGUGUAGACCCAAACUUAGCCCAGGCUGUCAGUUCCACCCUGACUGUUGCCAGUAUACAUACUAUUGGUAGUGCCAACCUGACUCCACGGCUACAGAAGAAGUUUACGUCUAGGGAGAGUUCAAUGACAGGGACAGAUUUACUGCCAAUAUGUCGUAUUUGUCAGAUGCCUGGUGAUGCUCAGGACCCUUUAUUUUCACCUUGUCGUUGUUCAGGGACUCUAGGAUUUAUACAUUUUUCAUGUUUAAAAAGAUGGAUAGAAAUCUCAACAAGGAAAAAAAAGAAGCAGCCAAGGUGUGAACUGUGUCAUUAUCAGUUCCAUAGACAUAAAACAUUUAAGUUUAAGAACUGGAGGUUCCCAAGGGUGAACAAUAGAGAUAAAUGUCUACACAUCAUAUUUUUAUUCAAUCUGGUUGUUAUGAUUGGAUGUGCUGUGGCUACAAUUAUGUGCUUUCUAUCUGAUAAAGGACAGAUAACCAAGUUCCCUAAAAACAAGGUAGAGUUAACAACAGAAGAGAUCAUCACAUUAGGGUGUGGAGUGGCAUUCUUUGUGGCCUUUUUCAUUGCAAUGACAGUGGAGAUAAAAGCUAAACACACUGUGUAUAAAUUGUGUAUGAGAUUUAUUAUGCAUAACACAGAAUGGGCUGUGGACUCUUACGAUCGCAACAAAGACCUAGAUAUCAAUAAACCUCCCAAAGCACAGUAUGUUUAAUGUAGCUCUACAGAUCAUUAUAUAUAUUGUGUCAGAGUUAUGUCCCCUGACUAGUGUAUCCUUGAUAUUAUCAACUAUGUACAAAGCAAUCAUCAAAAUUAUUUAGCUAGCUGUGUGAACCUAUAAGAUAUGCAUAGCUUACAAAUGAGUUAUUAUGUUUUGUGCAAUAGGAAGCUUCUAUAAGUUUUGUAUUUCUGAUUGUGGUGAAAGAAAUGUAUAAACUCAACUAUGUAUUCAUAACUUUUAUACCCCAACUUCCCUAUCUUCAGAAGAAAAAAAAUAAAGACGUAUAUUAAAGUAUAAUUUGAACUUGAAAUAUGAUGUGCAUGUGUUUCAAAAGUCCAUAAUAUAUUUCACUAUGUUGUUCAUCUAGAUAAUUAUCAAAUGUAAUUGAAUUUUAAAUUCUCUGUAGGCCUGUUUCAUUUGUAAUGCUGAUCGUUGAUACACAACCACAUGAAUUAGGUCAUUAAUUUAAUUAUACAUCAAAAAGUGACCCACAUUUACUUUGUCAGUGUGUCUAAUCUGACUGUAUAAGUUUCUAUGCUUCACAAAAAGUGAUUCAGGAUAUAUCUACUUCAUAAUUAGAUUACAACACGUCUAAUUAUUAUGAUUAUAAGAAAUAAUCUUUUGAUUGUGUAAUGAAUACAGAAAUGGGAAUAGACUAAAUAUAGUAUGUAACUUAUCAUUCGUUAAACUCCUAAAAAAAAAUAAUUUUUAAAGUAUUUAUUUCUAUGUUAGCUAUGAUUCAGGAGAAUAAAUGUAUAAUUAGAUUUUUGCUCCUAAGAAGAACAUUGACAUUUUGUUCUGUGACUGGGUGUAUGUAAAUUUUGACUGUGACUUUUUGUCCUUCAGUCAUGCUGAACAUGUUAAAAGUUGGUUAUGUUUGUGUAUAUACUGAAAGUGAUUGUUAAAUAAGAGAAGAUUAAAAAUGUGUGCAAGAUAUAUAUAUAUGUGUAUACUGUAUGUGUAUGUUACUGAAGUUAUGUUUGUAACAUGAAUGAUUUGGUUGAAGAUGGCUAUUAGUUUGUGUGUGAUAUUUCUGUUAUUAUGUGUUUCUAAUAUCACACUGUACUGCUUUAGUUUGAUUAGUUAGUUACAUCCACUUUAUGUAAACUUUGGUGGAUAGUUGUCUAUCGCCAAUUAUCCCAAAAGCUUCAUUUCAACUCUCAUUUAUAUAAUUUGAAUAAUUUAAAUAAUUUGAAGAAGUUGCCAAAGGCUUGUUUAUUAUUAUAUUAAAAUUGAAUAACUUGAUAUGAUAUCAAUUGAUAACCAAUUCUCAAUCACUAUGGAGCCUAUAAAUAAACAUGAUAUUUAUGUGCAGUAAAUAUUGAAUAUUAUAAUUGGUGCUGUUUUGAUGUAUUACAUCAUGGUUUGUAUGGUCUAUUGUUUUAACUGUUGAUUGAAAAUGUUAAAUGGAUAACUGUUAGAAGUGUGUUGUAUGUUAAUAUGGUUGAAAAAUUUGUUCACAUGAAGUAAAAUAUUAAGAAAAUAGAUUUUUUAAACUUAUAAAACAAUUAAGAGCCACAUUUAUUAAUGUUCACAACCAGUAGUGUAAUAAAAUAUUUGAAGUUGGAGAAAAAGAAAAAAAACAUUUAUCAUUAGAGCCACUAUUUGACCCAUGAAAUUGCAAAAAAGUUAUGAUUUAUUUUCUUUUAAAUGUAUUUUUAUUUUGUUCAUAAUUGAAUUAGAAGAUAUUUUAAAUUUUGUCAUAUAUGUAUACCUUGUAUUAUGCUAAAGCAAUGUUGUUGCUAAUGCAAUAAAGAUUUAUUCAUUCAAAAUUAAUGUGUAAAUUUAAACAUUUGACUCCCAUCAACAUCUUUGUGAAUAUGGUAAAAGACCAAGCCCAGUUUUCAUGGUAAGGCUAUUGCUCAUAUCUUACAAUAUAUGAUAAACUGUUGCAGUUUUAUACAUGCUAAAAAGACUUUAAAAAAAAGGCCUAAACAAAAUAUGUGGAUAACAUUCAGAAAUUGUCAUUGAAUCUGACAGAUAUAACUGAUUUGAAAGAUCUUAGAAAGUUUAUAAUAAAAAAGGAUAGAACAUAUGUGGCAUCAUUAUGCCUUUUGUGUUAAAUAAGUGCUAAUUAUAUAUGAUUAUAAUUGUUAGACCCCUUUAACUUAAGAAAUGUAUUAUAAUUAAGGGUAUUGUAUUAUAAUCUUACUUAUUUUAAUGGACUAUACAUGUAUUUUGAAUAGGCUAUUUUGGUGCACUUUAUACUAGAGAUUUACCUUUACCUAUAUUGUGAUAUCUCUGUUAAAGUACAAACACUGUACAUAUUUAAAAUAGGGUUUGUUUUUAAGGAAAAGGCACACAUUAUAUAUAUGUAAAGAAAAUAUAGUUUAAUUUCUUAAGUUUUUAUUUUCCUUUUGUAUUUUUUAUUGUUUAUUUAAAAAAAAAAAUUUGGUAUUAUCAAGCAUGGGCGUUGUUUGACAUGAGUUAUAUUAGUUGAAAAUGAAACAUUAAUUUGGUUAAUACAAACUAUUUGUAUCUCUUGAUUUAUUUAUGAUUAUUGAUAUUGUUAAGUUGCUGUUCCAGCAUGUAUGAAUGUCAGCUUUGGUUAAAUACAUAUUUGCUACUGGAAAUUAAGCAAUCAAUCAGUGAUUUAUACAAAAGAUUUUUUUUUCAUUGGAUCUUAAUUUCUAGUUUUUACAUAAUGUAUAUAUAUGAAAUAACAAGUUAUUGAAAAUUCAAAUAAAAAAUUUCUGAGAACAUUUAUAGAAUAAAAUAUUUGAAAUCAUCGGUUUAAAAAGUUUAAGCACAUAAGUAACCCAGCUUUAUAGUGUAUUCCUCAUUGUUUAUAGUAAUAUAUUUAGAUGUGAUGAGUACUUGUAGAUAUGUCAUGUAAUGAGUACUUGUAGAUAUGUCAUGUAAUGAGUACUUGUAGAUAUUUCAUGUAAUGAGUACUUGUAGAUAUGUGUGUGUGUGUUAUUUGUUGGGGUAGAUCAAACUUUAGGUUCCUUUGAAUCAUUUAGGUUUUUUUUUUUUUUUAUUAAAAAAGAGAAACAGUUCAAAAGGAUUGAUGAAUACUGUAAAUAAAAUUUAAGAUUCUCUCCUCUUGAAAAAUAAGUAGCUGUAACAGAAAUUAUGAAACUCUCAAGGGAAAUAAUUCAUGCUGAAUAUGCAUAAUGUAACCAGAAACUAUUGGAUAUUAUUUGCCAUUUUGCAUUAGUUUGAAGUAGAACUACUCAAUUCUUUAAUUUUUGUAACACUUACAAUUUAGUAAACAGCUGUGUUUUACCCUUUGACAACAAGUGUAUAUUAUUUAUAUAUCAUACAAGUGCUUGUGGAUGCAUUUAGUUGUAUAAUAUUAAUGUUUUAUUUUGUUAUAUAAACUUUUGUUUAGUGCUAUUGUGUGGAUAAAACCUCAGCAACCAAGUUGGUGAGGAAAUGUAUUGUUUUAAACCUGUCUUAAAAGACGAACUUUGUUAAAAUGUGUCAGGACAUAAAUAGUUAAUUCAAAUAAACUAACUACAGGAGUGUAUAAUUCACUUGGAACUCUCCAAGAUCUACACCAAAAAGGAGUAAUGAAGUAUAUAUGAAGUAUAAUUCACUUUGAACUCUCCAAGAUUUACACAGUAAAGAGUAAUGAAGUAUAUAUGAAGUAUAAAAGACGUAUAAAUGGCAAAUUGUAGAUAGAAUUUCCUCCUGUUUAUCUUAUUUGUUUGUUUUUCAUUAAAUAUAUACCUUGA